CAGCCAACUUCAUUCCCCAACCCUCUGCAUUUUCAGCUUUGUUCUCUCGCAAGUCGCCCAGUCGGUUGCUCUUUCGAUUGCCCACUGCCGCGUUCCAGACUUCAAGUCCGUGUUCAUGGCGUGCGCAUCAUCCUAUCACUACUACCACUACUAGUACUAGCACUACUAGCGCUGCUGUGAGCGAGCCUCAUUCAGCCAGCCUUGAGCCUUAGCCUUGAGCCUUGAGCCUUGAGCGCAGUCGUCGCUGAGCUGCGGGAGCCUUGAACCGUCCUGCACUUCCACGUGUAGAGGUUGGCGCCACUGACUCGUCCACUCGCGGCAUUCCCCCUCUGGGAGGCACAUCCUCCCCUCGGCAAGCCACGGCGCGCUCUCACACCCGCCCUCGGCUUCGCCACGUCCGUCGAGCACUUAGUACUAGGAACGAGAGGAGUCAGCACCGGCGAUUUGCAGCGGCUCCCCCUCGCAAGUUGGAGCGGCACCAUGCUGCGCUCCAGCCUCACCUGGCCGAUCUGGCCUCCCCUGGCGGCGGUGUGCCGCCCGGGACGGCGAAUGGCGUGUGAGCGGGUGCAGCGCGCGCUGCCAGCGGCACUCGCGCUGUGCCUCGCCGCUGUCCUUGCCACCACGCCCCUCGCGAUGGUCGGCGCCCAGCCGUUCGAGGCCUCGCAAGCGCAAUUCCUUGAGGACUGCCGGAAGGCAUGGUCGUCGACCUUCAGUGGGUGGGACGGCCGCAAUACCAACUGCAACACUGCCAUGGGCAUCAAAUGCGACAGAAGCGGGAUGAUCUUGCAGAUAUCUCCUCCAGCGAGUUACAUGGCCUCUCUAGGAGGGCCCAUUCCGAAAUCCAUCAGCAAUCUCCGAAAGCUCACUUACCUCGACCUUCAAAGCCGAUCUCUCACUGGCUCAAUCCCCAACGAAAUCGGCUCCCUUACAAACCUGGCACAGCUAUAUCUAUAUGACAAUCAUCUCACUGGUUCAAUCCCCAGUGGAAUUGGCAAUCUAAAAAAUCUAGAACUACUGCAGCUCCGUAAUAAUCAACUAAACUUUAUCCCCGAUGCAGUCGGCAAUUUAACAAAUCUUCUUGCACUGUAUCUUCAGGACAAUCAAUUCGCGGGAUCAAUCCCCAGUACAAUCGUCUCUCUUGCAAAACUCCAAGUUCUGUAUCUUGGAAACAACCAGCUCACUGGUUCGAUUCCUGCAGUCGAUUCUCUAACAGAUUUGGAAACCCUGGAUCUCUAUAUGAACCAACUUACUGGCUCCAUUUUCAGCACAAUUGGCUCUCUGAAAAAGCUGGAAUACCUGAAUCUCAGAAACAAUCAACUCUCUGGCCCCAUCCCUGAUAGCAUUGGCACAUUGACAGCAAUGAAACAACUAAGCCUCGAAGUCAAUCAGCUCACCGGCUCAAUUCCCACUACUAUCGGUUCUUUUAAAGAGAUCGAAGCUCUAAGUCUUCGCAGAAAUCUGCUCACUGGCUCAGUCCCUGUUGGAAUCAGCUCAUUCUCAAUAAUCAAAUACCUGUUUCUUGAGGAGAACAAGCUGGAAGGUGACCUACCAAAAGGAAUCUUCAACCUCGUGUCGCUGCAGAAGCUGGGGCUCCAAGGUAACCGUUUUGGCGGAUCGAUUCCCAAUGCAAUUACCAGACUUACUACUUUAUCCUACCUGACACUCUCAUUCAACCAGCUGUAUGGAAGCAUACCCGCUGCACUCACCGGAAUGACAAAGCUGACAGAGUGUGAUCUCUCGCACAACUACCUCACGGGCCCCCUUGUGAAGCUUCCACUGGUCCAAGUGAAGCUUUCACACAACUACUUGUCGGGUCUUUUGCUGAACUCAGACUGCACCCAGCCUCAAACCCUCAUUGCCAACUGCUUCACUCUGCCCGAGGGCUGCAGCUCCUCGGUACAGCGGCCUGCAGCGGAGUGCCUGGCAUUCUGUGGCGUCUCCAACACCACUGCUGCUUGCGGCGGUCAUGGCACGUGCUACCCGGACGGACCCAGCUUCGCGCCCACGUGCUUGUGUGAACCUGGAUUUUUGCAGCUCGGAACAAUCAACUGUGCUUCCCCUGGAUGGAACCAAAGCUUCGACGGGCCUAUUCUCCCCCCGAGCACUGUGCUCACCAACGGGACGCAGCAGGAGACAGCGGGGAAGUUCAUGGCAAAGCCGGUGACCCUGUUUGCAUACCCGGCUGGUCCGAGCCCGGGCUGUGGCGUGGAGCUGGCUUUCAGUGCCAACUUCACCUUCUCCCUUACCCCCAAGUCUGGCACGGUCGCUACCAAUGGCUUCGCGUUUGUGAUAAUGGCAAAGGCCCAGGUUGGAAGCGGUCGUGUAGGGUUUGCUGGAGUGGGAAACCGGAGUAUUGCCGUUGUGUUUGACACGCAGUACAGCAUGUUCAAGUUCGAGUCGUAUGUGGGGCUGAAUGUAGACGGCAACGACACACCAUUGGUCAAGAAGGCAUCAGUGUUCAGACUCGUCAACGGCAGCAUCUACACGGCGUGGGUGGACUACCAGCCUGAGGGUUCCGGGACCAUUCAGGUGUUCCUGGCUGCUUCGGCGGAGAAGCCAGCAGAGCCUCUACUGCAGUGGAGUGUGGCGUUGUGUGAGGUGCUGCAGGCUAGCGCAAAGCAGCAGGCGUUCUUCUUUGGCUUCGUGGCAUCCACCACAUUCACAUGGAACCCCUUUCUGAAGACCGUCAUUCGCAGCUCUGCCGUGCGAACGGGCAUUCCUCCACCCAAGAAAGUCGUGAUCGGAAAUGAAGCUCUUGGCCUCUCGAUAUCUACAGCCACUUUCGCACCUUCUGGAGCCAGCCCCUUUUCGCGUUAUGUGAGCGCGGGUUACAGCCUGUCAAACAAAAUGGAGGACUCGUGGCUCAUUCGUGACGAGCAAACCUGGGACUCCGUGCCCUUUCUUGGAUGGCCCGUCAAGAACCAGGGCACCUGCAGUGCCUGCUGGGCUUAUGCGGUGGUGGCAAGUGUGGAGGCAGCGUACGGCAUUGCAACUCAGCAGACGGCUCCCCUGCUGUCAGUGGAGCCACUCUUUGCAGCCAUGGGACUCACACAAGCCAACAAGUGCACAGCCGGAGGAUCUCCCACCGUGGCCUUUGAGAAGCUGAUUACUCUUCCUGCCGGCACUGGACUCACAGGGGGCACUCAAUCGGCAAAAUGGUAUCCGGUGCAGGCGUUUGAGCGCACACGAUUCAAGGGGUAUGUGGGGCUCAUGCUGGCAGUGCAGCACCAGCCAGUGGUCGUUCACAUUGAGGCUUCUGCUCCCACGUUUCGCGACCAUAAUGGCACAUUUAAGUACAUGGACGCAGGCUGCUACACUGGCAAUCUGAACCAUGUCGUACUCGUUAUUGGCUACUCCGUUAUAGUUAGCGAUGCCAGCCAGAUUGGUCCUCCGUUUUGGAUCAUCCGCAACUCGUGGGGAGAUCGGUGGGGCGACAAGGGCCAUAUGCGCAUGGACAUCCAGGGAGGCAAUGGCGUGUGCGGCAUCAACGUGCUGCCUGGCAUCUACCCCGUUAUCAAGAUUCCAGAAGACCCGUGCAGCCAAAGCAGCUAUCAGUUUGAUCUGGAGCCGCAGCCCAGCAUGAACCCGUGUGGACGGUUCCCCUGCCAGGCGCUUACAGGUGGCGGCAACAAGUGCAGCUGCAGCAUUUCCAAAGCUACCACUCAGCCGUUUGUCGAGGUUGGGAAUGGAAACGGCUCCAACACAUGUGCUUAUGUGCAAGUAUGCCAGUCGUACUUCAGCAACCCCUGCUCCACGGGCACAUGCAUCAACGACGGGAGGGGCUCCUACUCCUGCAUCUGCCCUCCCAACUACGUCCAAAGCACAACUGAAUACAACACCCCUACUUGCGACCCAGUCAAUACCACAGCCACCACCAUGACAGUCAGUGGAGACAAAUGGAGGUGUUCGGAUGUUUAUCAGCUGGUUGGCCUCUCUUUGGAUCAAUUCAAGCUUCAGAACAAGGCCGUAGAUUGCACCCAACCGUUGACCAAGGGCAGUGUCCUUCAGCUGAAUGGAACUCCCACCACACCCUGCACUGCCUUCUUCUACUCCCUCAAUGGGGACAACUGUGCGUCCAUUGGCGUGAAGCUCAAAUUUGAUGUGAGCCGUCUUACCAGUCUCAACCCCGGCCUUGACUGCUCCGGAGUCAUCCAGGCGGGCGGCUCGGUGUGCGUCGAGCGCAAUGCUGCCUUGGCCUACAUGGUUCCCGUGUGCACGUCAUCCGGCGUGCUGACACGUGAAGACACGUGCGACCGGCUGCUUCAGAGGACCACCACGGCUGAGCUGUACCGCAACAACCCCGGCCUCACCUGCUCCCCCAACAUCCCUUCCUCUGCCUCUGCUGUUGGCAGCAAGAUAGGCGUGGAGGUUUGCCUGAGUGCAACGUAUUGGCCAUUCAAAGAGGGCCUUUGCACAAAGGGAAGGAUGAAGAACGUCAAACCAUCACUGGCGUGUUCAGCUGCUUACCGCUUCUACGAUGGGUCAAUCGCAAAAUUUGCUGACUACAAUCGUGGCAAACGCUGUUCUGAGAACAUCGGAUCCACCAAUUAUCUUUGUGUGCCUUGAUAACUUUUGGAUGGUUCCUAAGACAUCUCUAGACAUCUGUGAGCACUUGUUUUAUGCAUAACUCUAUGCUAGGUUUUCGUUCCUUCUUGAUAAGCCCCUAUGAGUGUUACCGUCAUCCCCCGGUUAUAGGCGCAUAGUACACUUGGAGCAUUGUGCUCAAGGCCCUUGGCUAAAACUACAAAGUUGGGGGUCACUUGAAACUCCAGCUGUGCACACGGCUGCCGUUCCUGGGCGUGCUGGCGGUGGUGAGCUUUGUGAUCGUGCCCUGGUGCUCGCUGGCUCUGCUCUGCUACCUGGCUGUCUUUCUCUUUGUGGCAGUGCCGGCGGCGGUGUGCCUGGUGCUGUCGAUUUACUGGUC